ACAGGAAAAAAACAAGAAAUCUACACGUUAUUUUUCACUCUUUCUCGCUUUUAAACUUAUUUUUUUCAUACGCUAAAAGCAAUAGCAAACCAACUUGUAACUUGACCGACCAAGCAAACACGUACAAUAUACAUUUGGAUUUUCUAAUGAAAUAGAAGAGUUACAGAGGUUCUUUUCAUCAUGAGUGACUCAUUUGAUGAGCAUAGAAACAGCACUUUCACCUUGGAAGAAGACAACCUUCCUUUGCAGAAACUCAUCAAACAGAAAAAGGAGGAAAAUGUAGAAGAAACCACCAUAAAAGACUACAUAUCUAAAAUGGCUUCCGAGAUCCCAGACCAUAUCUUCCACUAUGACUGGUUUCAAGAGGAGGAAGAUCUCUCGGUGCAAUUUAUUGCAAUUGCUGAAAAGCUACUGCCCACUUUGAUUUUGGGUGUUGAGAAGCUCUUGAGGGAAGUUGAGAAAAAGGGACUGACCGAAGACAAGAAUGUCUGCCCAAAUUUCAACCCCUUGAACUUCCUUGCCCAGUUCAUGCUGCGGAAUCAUCCUCGGAACCUUAGCGUGUCGGAACGAUCAGCUUAUAUCAAGAUGUUGCAGCAUGUUACCAAAAAGAUAAACAAGCAGUUUAGCAGUGAAAAAAAGAAAAGUUUAAUGACUAUGAAAGAGCAGAUUCAUGAGAGACGGCUGAAGCGAGAGGCAACGAAGGCAAGGUGUCGAGAAGAAAGGCUUAAACACAAAGCUAUGUUGGUCGCUCAUUUUGAUCAGUGGAUUAAUCCAGAAAACCCUGAGUUGCGCCUAUCUUCUGUUGUGAAAGCUUUAAAUACCCUUGACGAGAUGAUAUCUGAGCCUAUAGACGAAUAUGAAUCAAUGUUAAAAGAUUUUAAAAUAAUCGAAGCAGACAAGACAUUUGAUGAAGAGAGUUUCUCCGAGUUUUUGCUGGACUACCUGGACCAUAGCCCGGUGACAUUUGACACCCUGUUGGAACACCUGAACAAGAGUGCAGAAGCAAACCUGGACUUAAUAAAUGAUGAACAAGAGAGGAAAGUUUUGCUGGAUUUAUUCACGAUCUGCGAUGACAGCAUGGUUGGCUCAUUAGAUCGGCUUCAAGUUCUUAGUAUCCUGGAAGAAUUUUGGUUAUUGUGCCCAGACAAAAUGAGACAAGAUUUAAACAAUCCAACCAUAUGGCCAGUCACUGAAGUGGAAGAAACAGGCAUAAUCGUGGGUGAGCCUUCAAAGGAAACAACAACAGAUAGUUUUGUAGUCAGUGAUGGAGAAGCAAGAGGCACUGAAGAGGAAGACGAGGAAGAACAGGAUAGUACUGAAGAUAAACCAGAAACUGAUGAAUAUUCUGAUAAUGGAAGUAAAGAUGAGGAUGAGGACGAUGUAAAUAAAACUGGGGAGCAUAGUGAAAUUGACAGUGUUACUAGAGAUGCUGAGAAUGUGGGUGGUGCAGAGAAUGCCAGCACUGCAGAGGAUGCUGUAGCUGGAGAUGAAGAGGAUGCCCCUGCGGAAGAUAAUGCUGCUGUCACAGAGGACGCUAAUGCCGAAGAUGAUUUAGAUGAUGAUGAAGCGGAAGAAGAAGUGGAAGAAGACGAUGAAGGAGCCAGAGUUAGAAAGUCUUUGUUAGAAUAUUCAUCGGAAUUUACCUCAACCGGUGCCGAAUAUAGUUUUGCUAUGUCAAAGAUGGAGGACGACAAUUACCAACUUGUCAGCUGGAUUAAAAGGGUGUUCGAAGUGAUUGAUGAAGUCACCAAAUCACAAGAAAAUCUUUGGCAGGAGAAGCUAGCAGCUUCAAUACUCAAGCUUGAAGAGUCUAAAGAUUCAGCAGACAAUAUAAAAUCUGUUGUUUCUUUUGUUGAGGAAGUUACUGUUUACAGAGAUGAAGAUGUUGUAACGGAGCGUAUUGCUGCAGAAGAUGGUGCAGAUAAACUUCCCCAAAGACAAAUAGAUUUUUCUCCAUCAGCUUUUGAUUUAAAUGCUCUGACUGCCUUACAAUUUGUUCAACUGCUGAAAAGUUUCUUGACUGAACAACAUUCUACGACCAUGUUUGAUAUUUUGGUUGGCUGUUUUCAUGAAAAUUAUCAAGAAAGUCCUGAUGAGAAACUGCAACGACUCAGAAAGAUCAAACAAGAUUUGCAAUACAAGAAGUUAAAAGCAAUUUCCGACAGUUUGUUUGAGAUGUGGGACGUCGAUCAGUCUGGCCAUGUUAGCAUGAAAUAUAUUGAAAAUGCGAUAACUAAUUUAAGAAAAACUACAGAAACGGAAUUGGUCGAAAUGAUUGAAGAGGAACUGGAGAAGGUGAAAAAGAGGGAGAAGAUCAGCAAGCACGAAUUGCGACGGUUCAUCCUCAACCUCGGCAACAGAAUGCCUAACAACUACAACACCUUCAUUGACUGCGCGAGCAACAUGCAGAUGAGCAGAUCAGAAAUAAACCGAGGCAGCUUGCGCAAAGAAUGGUACCACAAAAUCGUAUAUACUGGCAGAACAAGUGGAAUUGAUAUGGUACCGGUUUAUGAUAUUGUAAUCAAGACCCUUGGUAAGGAUGCUGAAGUCCAUGGCACUGGUAAGGCAGUCAGUUCUUAUAUUGCAUUAUUGACUUGUGAAGAACCUUCUGGGGAGACGUUCUUGAAAUAUGUUGCAACAUCUGCAGACCAAGCUGAAUAUCUUGAGAAUAAAAUUCUUCGGCGGGAUAUGACGUGCGUCAGCUUCAUGUGUAUUGAUAGAGGUGUGCCAGUACACGUACCCAAAGUAAAAAGUCAUGGUAAGGUUUUCUUCUGGAAUACUGACGAGAAAAAUAAUGGCUCGCUCUUACUGAUACCAGUGAAAAACAAGAAGCAUAAGGUGUUUGGACUGUUGGGCAUUGAUACAUUACACUGUCCCUGUGAGACGGCUGUGUUUGUUAACCACGAAAUCAAAUACUACCAGGGCAUUGCAAGAGCUUUCAGCAUCGCCUAUCACUGCACUAAAAUGCGUCAAUGGAUGCUCACGGUCCUAGAGAGCGGAAUCCGAUGGAUGCAACGUUAUUGCUUUUAUAUUGGUGAAGUUACUACAUACAUUGUAGAACCAGUCUUUAAAAGGAAAGACCUAAAUCUAAAACCAAUUAUGUCCAUUAAUUCUGAUGGAGUUACUACUGUGUUUAACAAUCCUAAUAUCCUUCGAAGAAAGGCAAGCUUAUUUAAGGACUAUUUGUUCCAUUGCAUGGAUUGCUCUAUGACUGUAACUGCCACCUCUUACGACGAACACCACAUAGCUUACCCUAUCCGUGGUGUUGAUGGUAAGGUGUACUUAAUUAUGGAUAUUAUUGCAAAGAGGCUGAUCAAUCGUUUACCAAACUACCAACUCAAUGAACUUCUGAGGAUUCUUAGACUGCUCCAAACAGCUUAUAAGGAGAUCUGGAAUGAGCUGUGGGAUAGCGAACAGCCCAUCACAUUUCUUGCUGCUGAAAAAAAGAAGGAUGAUGAAGCCCUGCGAAUUGCGGUCAUGUUCGAUCGUCUUCUGUUGAUUGAUCUCAGACAAAAUAUAAUCAGCACGGAGGAGAGUGUCUAUGAUGAGCUUUGCAAUUAUGGUCGUCCACCAGAAACCUUCUACUGCACCCUGAAAGCUGUCAUCAGUAUUUUCUAUCCACAAUAUGCCAUAAUGGAAGAUUAUAAAGAUUGGAUUUUGUUGAAAGGGUUUAUAAAUUCAGAACUCCAUGAAAAGAUUGAUGAGUUUGACCCAACUGCUGAGGACUUUGAUGGGGACAGUGUCAAAAAAUAUCUUGAAGAUAUUUUACCAGGUAAUGCUAUGAAGCUUGGUUUCUGGCCUGUGGAAUAUUUAUAUUUUUGGCUGCAUGUCUGUGUCUCUCUUAGAGAACAUGUAAAAGAGUCACUACAUGACACCCACUGAUAACACUGAACAGCAGCCUCCCCCAGAGUAAUCUAAAUGCAGUGAGACAAACAUUUUAAUUAAGAUUUGAAUUUUAUAAACAGAUUUUGAAGUUCAGUAAAAAAUUAAAAUGAUUUUAUAGAAAAAUUUA